AUGAGUGACGAUGCAGGUUACUCUUGGAUGACCCGCUAUUUGUACAACUACUGGUCAUCGCAUUGGUUCCACAACAACUGGCGACCAUCAUCAUCAUCAUCAUCAUCGGGUGCACCCAACAGUCGGGCUCAUAACAAGCCAUCAGCAACGUUGCCGACCACGCCGGCCAUCUUGCGACUCGAGUCCUCGUCCACGAUGACGAUGAUGAUGACUGCCGCUGCUCAUCCCGGCACAUCCGCAGGAAAGAGCAGUGUGGUGAUUGUGGACGACUCGGCCGCCUGCUCGGCGGACAAGAAAGUGCGGAACCUGGUGGGCCAUGGCGGCGCGGCGGCGGUGGUGCUCUACUCGGCCGCCGCGACUGGGCCCAAGUUGUUGCGGUCGUCGUCCUUUUCGGCGCCGGUCCUGGGCGUGGGGCCGACGAGGAACCAGCAGGGCCAUGUCGUCGUGUUGGCUGGCGCCUACCUGCCCAGGGCUGCGAGUCCCACUGACCCGAGUGUGGCCCUGCUCGUGGCACUGGCCACGUUCGCCUUUGCAGUCGGCGGCUCUCUCAGCGGCGCCUCGUUUCCGCAAUUCUCAUCAGCUGCAGUCUCCUCUUCCUCAGGAUCAGGAUCCAUCUUUACAAUGGCGACGACGACGAGUCCAGUCCAGCUGCAUCAGCGCAACAGCAUCAGGCAUGAUGCUGGUGCUGCUGCCCCUGAUGCUGGCUUCUCCCUCAUCACCAGCGUCGGCGACCUGCUCAAGAUGGUCGGCAUGAUGAGCGUGUUCCUCGUCGGCCUCUACCUCGGCGCCGACCACGUCCACCGCCUCGACUCGCUCGUCUGCCUCCUGGUGGCGCCGCACCAACUGGCCACACUGGCCGACCGCCUCUUGUUCCGACGCUCGUCGCCACUGCCAGCUGCCCUUGCCUCCUUGUUUCUCUCGUCGUCGUCUUCUUCAUCAUCAGCUGCAGAAGAAGACGACCAUCAUAUUGAUGAUGAUGAUGAUGAUGAUUCUACUUCUUAUUAUUAUUCUUUCGAGGGCAUCCGACACGCUGCUGGGGCCUGGGUGUUUCAAGACGCUGUCGGCGUGGCCAUGGCCGUCAACGGGCUCCUGGACCUGCGUCUGCCGUCCAUGCGACUCGUGGCCACGGGCCUGGGCCUCGUCUUUUGCUACGACGUCUUUUUCGUCUUUGUCACGCCGCUGCUCACGUCGGACGGCGUGAGUGUGAUGGAGCGAGUGGCAGUGAGCAGUGCCAGUAGUGCAUCAUCAUCCUCAUCGUCGUCAUCAAGUAAGCAUGCUGGUGGUGAUGAUGAUGCUCAGCAGCAUUAUUUCAAUGCCGCCCCGACUUGGCCCAACAUCCUCGUCGUGCCGGCAUUCCACGACGCCCUGCGCGUGUGCAACGUGCGGUCGUUUGUGCUGCUGGGAGUGGGUGACAUCUUCUGGCCGGGACUCGCGUCCUCGUACGCCUUUGCCUUUGACCGCGUCUUGGUGUCACUUUCGUCGUCGUCGUCGUCAUCAUCCUCUGUCAUCGGACUCGCUGCUGAUGGCUGGCAUCGGCAGCACGCCUACUUCCUCACGGCCGUGCUGGCCUACGCGGCAGGACUGGCGCUGUCCAUGCUGGCCAGUCUCUGGCUCCAGACCGGCCAGCCAGCGCUGCUCUACAUCGUGCCUGCUGUCCUGGCACCGCUCCUGCUGCUGGCCAAGUCCCGUCGCCAGCUCGACGUCUUUUGGGACGGCUCUCUCUUCCUCAUGCAUCGACAUUGAUGAGAGAUGCUUCCUCGCUGUCGGCUAUAUACUGAACAGUAUACAGUACAUCGCAUAUCCUGCAUUCAGUAUUUCAACUGCUGAUGAUGAUGGCUCAUCACGGUGCAACAUCAGAUGUACUGUAUAAUAUAUAUAUGCAGAGACAGCAGCUGAUGCAUGGCUGACUUCAUAUCAUCGCUGCUGUGCUGCCGAUUAAUAACCGACACUAUUCUAUUGACAAGCAUUACUUGUAUAAAAAUUUUUGCAUGAAAAAUGCUCACUCAUCGUCGUGCAUCAGCAAUUAUAAAUGGCACAUGUAUAGACUAUAUACA